UGCCGGAACAGGAACCCUCCUGCUGGGGCGGGGGCGCGCGCCGGCUCGGCGGGGCUGGCAGGUGUGCGGCGUGUGCACCUGGCGAGCGAUGGCGCGGGGCGCGGACGCCCCGGGGUAGCGCGCGCGCGGCGGCGAGUCCCGGCCGGAGCAGCGAUGGGGCUCCUUCGGCUGCUAGUCCUGGCGGUGCUGGCGUCGGAGCCACGGGCGGCCGGCGGAGCCGAGACCGUGGGCAACUCGAGCGAGGGUCUUCUUGAAUUUUCUGUGGGGAAAUUUAGAUAUUUCACGCUCAAAAGGCCCUCUCCAGAGGAAGCUAUCUUGCGUCAUAUUUCCAGCAAUGUGACUUUUCUCAUUUUCCAGAUACACUCACAGUAUCAGAAUACAACAAUUUCUUUUUCUGAGACUCUCCUUCCCAAUGCCUCGGAAACAGGCACUGACAAAGGACUGGUUUUCAUUCUUAGACCAGAGCAGAGUAUGUGCACUUGGCACUUGGCGACUUUAGAUGCUAAGCCUGUCCAGAAUGUGGCCAUCCCACUCUCCUACUCAGAAAGAGAUCCUAUCCCCGGAGGCUGUAAUUUGGAGUUUGAUUUAGAUAUCGAUCCCAACAUUUACUUGGAAUAUAAUUUCUUUGAAACAACUAUCAAAUUCGCCCCAGCAAACCUAGGCUAUGCGAGAGGCGCGGACCCUCCGCCGUGUGAUAUCCAGACAGGCCGGGGCUCCAGGUGGAGGCUGCAGUACGAUGUCUACCAGUAUUUUCUGCCCGAGAACGACCUCACCGAGGAGGCGCUGCUCAGGCACCUGCGGAGGAUGGCUGAGGUGCCGCAGGUGAAGGCCAGUGCUGUCAAGGUGGUUACCCUAACAGCAAAUGAUAAGACAAGUGUUUCUUUCUCCUCCCUCCGGGGACAAGGUGUCAUUUACAAUGUCAUCGUUCGGGAUCCGUUUCUAAAUACGUCUGCUGCCUACGUUCCUGCUCACACGUACACUUGCAGUUUUGUGACAACAGAGGGUAAUUGUUCUUCCCUGGGAAGAGUGUCUUCCAAAGUGUUCUUCACUCUUUUUGCCCUGCUUGGUCUCUUCAUUUGUUUCUUUGGACACAGAUUCUGGAAAACAGAACUAUUCUUCAUGGGCUUUAUCUUCGUGGGAUUCUUCUUUUACAUACUGAUUACAAGACUGACCCCUCUGACGUACGAUGUCCUGCUGGCGCUGACCGCCGUCGCUGGAAGCGUUGGUGGGGUCUUCUUGGCCGCCGUGUGGUGGCGAUUCGGGGUCCUCGCGCCCUGCCUGCUGUGUGUCGGACUCGUGCUGGGCUUCCUCGUCUCGUCAGUGACCUUCUUCACUCCGCUGGGAAACCUAAAGCUUUUCCGUGAUGACGCAAUAUUCUGGGUGACCUUCUCUUGUAUAGCUGUUGUCAUUCCAGUGGUUUUCAUAGGCUGCCUAAGAAUACUGAACAUCCUGACUUGUGGACUCGUUGGCUCCUAUUCGAUGGUCCUGGCCAUUCACAGUUACUUGUACACGAGCCUUUCUUACAUCACUUUGAACGUACUCAAGAGAGCGCUCCACGUGGAUUUCCGCGGGGCUUUCCUAAACGUGCCUUUUCAAACGAAUGACUUCAUUAUCCUGGCAGUGUGGGGGAUGCUGGCUGUGAGUGGCAUCACGUUUCAGAUUCGCAGAGAAAGAGGGCAGCCGUUCUUCCCUCCCCACCCCUACAAGCUGUGGAAGCGAGAGCGAGAGCGCAGAGUGACCAACAUCCUGGACCCCAGCCACCACAUCCCUCCGCUGAGAGAGCGGCUCCGCGGCCGGUUGGCCCGGAUCAAAGAGCUCUUCCGGAAGGAACAGCCCGCCGGAGAGAGGACGCCCCUGCUUCUGUAGAGGCCAGCGGGCUGGCGGCACAAGUGUGAUCUUGCAGCGCGGCCCAGGCACCGCCUCGGAGCUGGUGUUGACGGCCGGCUGCUGAGAAACCGGCCUCUGCACCUGCGCUUUGUACAGUAUUGUGGUGUCCUUGUGGGCAUGGGGUAAGGGUGUGCUGGGGAGAUGACAGUAAUUCUCAGUCAGAGUGAGAAGGAUGACCAAAAAUGCUGGUAGGGAGGUUUUUCCUUAUUACCGAAUGCCUAAGAAAUUCCCCUCUGGUUUAUAAAUAUAUGAUCAACUUAUUCCGUUAAAUAAAUACACUCAAAAAAAAAAAAAAGAAAAAAGAAAAA